GACGCUAGCAUGAUUCGGUCAAGUAAUGCUUGGGCAGCAUGUCUCGGUCGAGGGUACUGACUUCGAGGAACCUCCUGCCCUAUACGGUUACGACGUCGACACCUCGUACCCUGCCAUUCAACGUCUGCAACCUUAUGCAUGCAGCAGCGGCCUGAGCGACCAAUCCGAAGAUAUUCCAAAGAUGCCCUGAACGCAUUGCUCAAUCACGGGUUGCCGGUACGUCCUUCUUACAGCUUCUUCGGCGACGUGUGCGACCACACUGUUGUGAGCACCGGGCUCCACUGGCGCUUUCUUCCCUUGUGGCCAAGCAGCCAUGACCAUGGCUUUGAGUAAGCACCGGAGCCAUGUGGAAAGUCGCUACUCAUGCUCCUGCAGUUUACAUGGCGAUCCAUGAUUCCGUAACUUCCGACGAAUCAGCAGUCAGUCACCCUUGUACACAGAAAAGUCUGGUAGA